CGUGUGUAUUGUUUAAACUGCUCAAAUCAGAUAGUUUCCAGACCGAGAAAACUUCCACCAAACAGGGUGAUGGCGGCUCCUGUGUCUGUUAGUACAGCUGCUAGAGAUGAAAACACCAACAUAGGACUCAGUUUCGCUUCUCGUCCGUUUCAUGAAAAUUACGACUUUGCUGCGGAUCACGAUAAAUGGAUGGCCGGAGACCCGCGUCAUCCCGAACUCGAGCCGGGCCAAGAGGAUUCUGCUCCCGGACUUGAGUAUCAGCGGAGGGUCGACGAGGACUUGACACCAUUGAGUCCCGAAGAGAUUGCGAGCCGCCUGGAGAGAACUCGCCGGGAGUUUUACAACCGUAGAAAACUUAUCAUAAAGAAUCUACCUUCCGACGUUAGCAACCAGGAGGUCCAUGAGCUGCUGGGCAACUAUGGCUUGAAGUACUGCUUUGUUGACAAAUACAAGGGCACAGCAUUUGUGACACUGCUGAAUGGGGAACAGGCGCAGUGUGCCAUCCGAGAGUUCCACCAGCAUGUGCUACGAGACAGGGAGAUCUCUGUGCAGCUGCAGCCGACUGACGCUCUGCUGUGCAUCGCCAACUUGCCUCAAGUUUUCACCCAGCAGCAGUUUGAGGAGUUGGUGCGACCCUUUGGUAACCUGGAGCGCUGCUUUCUGGUGUACAGCUCGUCCACCGGGCAUUCAAAGGGCUACGGCUUUGUGGAGUACAUGAAGAAGGACUCAGCAGCCAGGGCCAAGUCGGAGCUCUUAGGAAAGCAGCUCGGCUCCCGCAUGCUGUAUGUUCACUGGACUGAGGCGGGCUCCCUCACAUGCCCACAGCUGCACUCCAAAUGUCUGUGCAUUGAUUGCCUGCCCCCGAGCCCUCUGACAGCCCAAGACCUCCGCAGCGCCCUGGCUGACACCCAUGUGCCAGUCUUCUGCCAGUUGGCUCAGGGACAAGAUGAAAGUUUCCGGCGGUUUGCGGUGCUGGAGUUUGCUACCGCAGAGAUGGCUGAGGAGGCACAGCGUCUAACUGAUGGCAGGUUGCUGGGUGGGUCACACAUCAGGGUGUCCUUCUGUGCCCCUGGCCCUCCUGGAAGAAGCAUGUUGGCUGCUCUGAUUGCUGCCCAAACCAUGGCUGUGAAUAGGGGUAAAGGUCUCCUCCCAGAUCCUACAGCCAUGCAGAUCCUCACAGGCCUCAGUAACCCCACCACCCUCAAAAUGCUACUCAAUCCACUGUCACAGGGACACAAACAAGGCUUCUUCGGGGCAACCCCUACCAUGCCACUUCUGGCCAACCCUGCUCUCUCUGCUGCCCUGCUCCAGCUGCUACUUCAGAACCAGGCCAAGGCUCAGCAGCAAGCCUUUCUGGAAAAUCAUCUUCUGUGGGCUCAGGUGUUGCACAAUAAAGAAAACCCUCUGGUACCUUGUGCAGGACUCAUUGGGGAGAAUCCUCUGGCUGCUUUGCCUCUACAGCGGGGAGUCCAUCUGCUCGGAGACCUGCCCCAAGGUGGUGUAGCCUCAGGUCUUGGACUUCAGACAGAUCCUCUGGGCCCCCUAAAGCCAGUGCCACUUGGCAGAACCCUGACAAGGGAGCAGAACUCUCCCACUGCAGCAUGCACCUUCCCCCAGUCUGCCUCUCCCACCCUACAGGGCAUCUCCAUGCCCCUGAUGGGUGGCAUGAUGGGGGCAGAUGGCCUCACAGCGCAAGGGGCCUCCAUACUAGGGGAUCCCCCCAAAGAUGGGAGUCUUCCUCAGAGUCCCUUCCUCAGUGUCGGCAGUGUUUUUCCCUCAGGUGGAAGCUGCAGACCUCACCCAUAUAGGAAGAGGCCUACACUAAGCAAUGUGUCCAACCUGCACACACACCAGAGCAUACAGCCACAUUACAACUUGCGCUACCAGGAUUCCUACGCUCCUGAAUAUCCUCCUCUGCAUCAGGAUCCCCUGGCCCACUUGUAUGAACAGCAGGAGAACCUUGAUACUGGGACUUUGGCAGGAUUUGGACAGCAGCUCUGUCGUCAGCCCAACCACACUGAGAGCUUUUCCCAGUACAGCUGCGCUCCCAGCCCACCUCUGAUCUCAUACUUCAGCUCUGGUCCUGAGGCCUCCAGUGAUGGGGGUCUCCACAUCACCCAGCUCAAUCGGGCUGUGGGGAUGCCGCCCAUGAGCCACACCACCAACUACCCCCCAGAAUUGGUGAAUGCUGUGAAGACCCCUAUUGGUAGCCACAAGCGUGUGUUCUCCCGGCUGAUCCCGUCUCCAGAACCAAGCCCUGAGGGCGGCUAUGUGGGCCAGCACUCCCAAGGCCUUGGUGGCCAUUAUGCAGACUCCUACCUUAAGCGAAAGCGUAUAUUCUAAAUACAGCUGAAUGCUUCUUGCUCAGUGAGUAGCCAUUUAACAACCAGGACACAACAGCACCUCCUCCAACAAACUUGACAGUUUGGCGGCCCCUGGAUUUGUCUGCGGUGUACUUCUGUGAAUGACCCCUGGAGGGCGCUGAGGAGCACAGACUGUUGCUGUCUGAACAUUUUGGUGGCUGUUUUUCUGUUGUAUAUGUACAUAUGGUUUUAGUGUGUUUGUAAUUUAAGUU